AACACAGAAACUCAGUUCUCUUCUAUCUUUGAUUAAGUUAAGCUUAGUAUUUGUGGAGUAGUAUUCUAGCAUUUCUAAUCUAAUAACAAAAUGAAGGUCUUAGUGUUGUUAAUAUUGAGCGUUAUUGUCAUAGUGCAAGCUUUCCCGCAAAAAGAAGUUCCUGAAAUUGUUUUAUACGAAACUGAUGGUGAUGACAAUAGUUACAAUUUCCAAUUCGAGACAAGUGACGGUAUAGCUAGAGUAGAGAAGGGAGAACUGAAGGAGUCUUCAGUGCCCGGUGAACAACAGUUAUCAGUGGAAGGUUCCUACGUCUACUCUGAUGACCAAGGAAAAGAGCAUCGUGUCCGAUACAUAGCCGACGAACGUGGAUACCGUGUGCUUCCGAACAAGUCAUGAAUCUAACCUGAGCAGGCAGCCUAUCUUAAAUCACACAAUAGAAAUUAAUUCGAAGCAUAUGAAGCUAAUAAAAUUCAAAUGGUAACGUUCAAGUUCAUGAACACAUUCGUCGCAGCAAGCCCCACACAGCAACAUUUCCACAAGUUCACAGAAACGACAUGUUUCCCAGGAGUGAUGUAACCAUCCAUCUACGUUUACAUAAAGCAGAUCCACAGGAAGGUGAUUCGGUGAAAUUAUAAUUUUAUUCGCCUAAGAAACCUAUUAUGAAUGCAUGAAUUUCUCUUUUCAUAAUA